AUGAAGUGGGUAACCUUUAUUUCCCUUCUCUUUCUGUUCAGCUCUGCUUAUUCCAGGGGUGUGUUUCGUCGAGAUACACACAAGAGUGAGAUUGCCCAUCGGUAUAAUGAUUUGGGAGAAGAACAUUUCAGAGAACUGGUACUGAUAACCUUUUCUCAGUAUCUCCAGCAGUGCCCAUUUGAUGAGCAUAGCAAAUUAACAAAUGAAGUAACUGAGUUUGCAAAAACAUGUGUUGCUGAUGAGUCAGCUGCAAAUUGUGACAAGUCGCUUCAUACUCUUUUUGGAGAUAAAUUGUGUACAGUUGCUUCUCUUCGUGAGACCUAUGGUGAAUUGGCUGACUGCUGUGAAAAACAAGAUCCUGAGAGAAAUGAAUGCUUCCUGAAACACAAAGAUGAUGACCCAAACCUCCCACCAGUAGUGAAACCAGAGCCCGAAGCUUUGUGCACUGCCUUUCAAGAAAAUAAUAAUAAGUUCUUGGAAAAUUACUUAUAUGAAGUUGCCAGAAGACAUCCUUACUUUUAUGGCCCAGAACUCCUUUACUAUGUUAAACAAUAUAAAGCAAUUUUAACAGAAUGCUGCCAAGCUGCUGAUAAAGCUACGUGCCUGGCACCAAAGGCAAAAGUUUUGAAGGAGAAACUACUGGCUUCAAGUGCCAAACAGAGACACAAGUGUGCCAGUAUCCAAAAAUUUGGAGAGAGAGCUUUCAAAGCAUGGAGCAUAGCUCGCCUGAGCCAGAGAUUUCCCAAGGCUGAUUUUAUGGACCUUUCCAAGUUGGUGACAGAUCUUAGCAAAAUCCACAAGGAAUGCUGCCAUGGUGACCUGCUUGAAUGUGCAGAUGACAGGGAAGAUCUUGCCAAGUAUGUGUGUGACAAUCAAGAUUCAUUCUCCAGUAAGCUGAAGGAAUGCUGUGAUAAGCCUCUGUUGGAAAAAUCCCAUUGCAUUUCUGAGUUGGAAAAUGAUGAUUUGCCUAAUGAUCUGCCCUCAAUAACUACUGAUUUUGUUGAAGAUAAAGACGUUUGCAAAAACUAUAAGGAAGCAAAAGACGUCUUCCUGGGCACGUUUUUGUAUGAAUACUCAAGAAGGCAUCCAGAAUACGCUGUCUCAUUGCUAUUGAGGAUUGCCAAGGGAUAUGAAGCUACACUGGAGAGGUGCUGUGCCACUGAUGAUGCUCAUGCGUGCUAUUCCAAAGUGUUUGAUGAACUUCAACCUCUUGUGGAUGAGCCUCAGAAGUUAAUGAAACGAAACUGUGAACUUUUUGAAAACCUUGGAGCAUAUGGCUUCCAAAAUGCGCUCAUUAUUCGUUACACCAAGAAAAUGCCCCAAGUGUCAACUCCAACUCUUCUGGUAAUCUCAAAAGAACUAGCAAACAUGGGCAACAAGUGUUGUACACUUCCUGAAUCCAAAAGAAUGGCUUGUGCUGAAGACUAUCUGUCAUUGGUCCUGAACCGAUUGUGUGUGUUGCACGAGAAGACACCAGUGAGUGACAAAAUUACCAAAUGCUGCACAGACUCCUUGGUGAACAGACGACCAUGCUUUUCUUCUCUGGAAGCCGAUGAAACAUACGUCCCCAAAGAAUUUAAUGCUGAAACAUUCACCUUUCAUGCAGAUGUAUGCACACUUCCUGACCAUGAGAAACACCUCAAGACACAAACUGCACUUGUUGAGCUGUUGAAACACAAGCCCAAAGCAGCUGAUGAACAACUGAAAACUGUUAUGGGAAAUUUCUCAGCUUUUAUAGAGAAGUGCUGCACAGCUGAUGACAAAGAAGCCUGCUUUGCUGAGGAGGGUCCAAAACUUGUUGCUUCAAGUCAAGCUACCCUUGCCUAA